AGUGCGUAUCAAAAGAAAAUUUUCAGUGAAUAGAAAAUUAAGUCAAGAAGAAACUUCAUUCAGCCAAAAACAUGGUGGCAGCUCAGUGAAUAGGGUGAACUUUUUGACUAGUCAUUAGAAUUCAAGAGGCUUAUUUAGCAGGAGUGUUUGAUACAAUUGAUAAACACCGACCAAUAAGCUUCACAAAAAAUUCGAAAGAUGACGUCUGAAGAUACCAAGAACGUACAAGACCUCAAAGGAUGUUAUGAAAAUCUGAUCGUUGUUGAUGUGGGCGCAAACUUGACCAAUAAGAAAUACGGCCGUGAUCUGGACUCGGUGGUGCAAAGGGCAAAAGAUGCAGGUGUCCAAAAAAUUAUGGUCACGGGAACAUCAGUAAAAAACAGUAAAGAAGCAUUAAGACUGACACGCCUCUAUCCCGGAACCAUCUACUCCACAGCCGGUGUCCACCCUCAUGAUGCAAAGUCAAUGGUGGAAGAAGACAUGUGGGCCGAACUACAUGAAACCGCGCAGGCGCCCGAGUGUGUGGCCAUCGGUGAAUGUGGGCUCAACUAUAGCAAGGAUUUCUCGGAACCCGGUGUGCAGAGAGAAGUGUUUAAACGGCAGGUUGAAAUCGCGUGCGACCUAAGAAAACCCCUAUUCUUACAAGAAAAAGAAGCCCAAGAAGACCUCCUAAAAAUCCUCGACGAUUUUGGCAACCGCCUCCCCCCUGUGGUCAUCCACUCCUUCUCAGGCUCCGUCGAACAAGGCAUCAAAUACAUCGAGAAAGGGUUCUAUUUAGGGAUCACAGGGUACAUAUGUAAAGAUAAGUCAGAUGGGGGCAUAAGGAGGCUGUUGUCUGAGAAUAUAUUGCCAUUGGAUAAGUUGCUGGUGGAGACGGAUUCGCCGUUCAUGUAUCCGAAUAUGAGGGCUUCGAAACUGCCGUUGCAUGUAAAGGACUCGUUGACUGAGAGGUCGAUGGCAUUCGUGAACCGCUACUGCACGUUUCAACGUAACGAGCCGUGCGCGCUGCCCGCCAUCGUCGAGCUAGUGGCCGGGUUCCUGGGACAGAGUCCAGAGGAUGUGGCCCUCGCUACUGCCUUCAACGCGUUGAAGAUCUUCGGUCUCAGCCAGUAGGUUAGAGUUCACGUUCUAACGCAGCCGUGAGUAGAACUAGUGGCCGGGUUCCUGGGGUAGUCCCGAGGACGUCACGCUUGCCAUUGCCUUCAACGCGUUGAAGAUCCUCGGUCUCAGCCAGUAGGCCACUGUAAACUCAACGUCACUUGGUAAACUAAAUGUUGGGUUUUAUAAAUUGGACAAACGAAUAGGUACUAAGACACGUAAAGUAGUGCGAACUAUUGAACUACAGACUGCUGAUGUUAGACCGCAUUCAAUGUUUAUCAGAUGACUGGUUUGUUAUAUGUUAACGCUUCAUCUAGUUAUAUACCGCGUAAUUCUAAUUUGGAUAUCAUUUAGUUGCGCGUUUUAGUACCUACUCCUCUUAUCUGACCACAAGUUUGGUACAAAACUAAGAACGAUUUUUCAUACUUUUCGCGCCUUGCGUUAAAAAAGAAAAUAAUUUGGAUUCUAACCAAUAUUUUGUUUGAACUCUGAAAUUACGUUACCAUAAAAUAGUUUUUGGAACGUGGAUUUAAAUAACCACCCUAAUUUUUUUAGUUUACCAAGAAACGCACGCGCAAUAAUUAGGUGUCCUUGUUUAUAGUUGAGAAAUUAAUAUGCAUAAUAUAUUUAUUUUUUUAUAAUUAAGUAAGACGAUGAAAUAAUAAUUGGGUCAAGUAAUUUAAGUGCCUUUAAUCAACAAUAAGAGAUCGAUUAUUGUAACGACCAAAAAGUAAUGUUUAUUUAUAAAUAGUAAUAUUUAUAACUUUAUAUCUCUUAAAUAAUCAUGUAACAUGAAUUAUAUAUAGGUUGCUAUAAGCAACCGGUCGUAAAGGUAAAAUAUUGUAGUAUGAUUAACAUAGAAAAUAUUAUCGACUUAUGUUUAACUCGUUGGCUUCUAGUGUCACUAAAGUCGACGACAACGUUAAAUAAUGAAAAUUAUGAUAUUUGAAAAUGAUGUCAAUUAUUGGGUUAAAAUUGCCUUUACUCACUAUUGAGUAAUGGCGUAUGUUUUGAUGGUAUCUUCAGACGUUAUUAAUGUAAGAAUACGAAGUGGCCGUAGCUAAAUUAAUCUAAUUGAAUUAAUUUACAUUAAUAUGAAAUCGCAGCGAAAUGGAACAGAAAGAGUAUGAAUUUAGGUCUAUGGGGAAAUGCCUUUCGAGGUUAGUUUUUUUAAAAUAAUGUUAUUGAUAGAGUACCGGUCUCUGUCAAAAAACAUUUAUAUGCCCUGAUUGGUGACAAUGAUGUCUAUUUAAAGCUAUAAAAAUAUACAUGUAGCGCAGGCAGCUAAAAUACAAGAAUAAAACAAUUAAUGUCUUUGACAUCAAGUAUCGGGUUGAUAUGGUACUCAGAAACUGCGAUAAUUAGGUCUUAGCUACGGCCGGCGAAUGUCUCGAAAAGCAAUACUCAGAUUUGGGAAACGUAUGUAUUUCUGAUCGAAAAUUUGGCAAUACGAAGGUUGAUCGAAUGGUUAGGUUAACAAUUAAUUUAUAGCAAUAUUCACUUAGUGACUUAACCCUUUAAACGCCGGUAUAUAUUCUUGACGUCAUAAGACGUCAGAAGCAUUUAAAGGGUUAAAGUUUGAACUGAUUGCAUUCGAAUAAUCUUGCCAUUGACUAAUUAACUAACUAAAUGUUCAAUUGGCUAUGACUACUAUACAGUGACUUAUCGAGUCGUUAUUGGCUCUCUCUAAUAUAAUUAUGACAGGAUGACAAAUUGAAAUGAUUAUGAUUAAAUUUAAUGAUUGAAAAAUAAGACGUGUGUAUUUGGGACAAACGUUGAAACCACUGACAAAACUAAUAUGUCACUUUAUUUGAAAAAAAAAAAAAAACGUUUAGUGUUGCUGGGCUAAAAAGUUCAUACUAUCCACGUUUUAUUUUUUUAUGAGCGUACCUGAACGCAAUGUUCACCAAUGCCAUUUAUAAACGGUCACGAACCGAGCAUAAUAUGACGCGAUUUAUUAUUAUUGUCUAUUUUUAAUUAUGAAGCUUUUUAUGUUGUUAGCGUUUUGCACAAGUGUUUCCUUAUAGUGGCAACUUUGCUUUUAGUCAGAAUGAUCUCAAGUCCGUGCGUGUAUGCCUUGAUAAAUACUUGCCAUUUGUGGCCUUUAAUUUUACUAUAGACCGUAGGCACUUUUAAACACUUCUUACUUACGUACCUUAACUUUGCCAGAAAAGGACGAGAGUAGUCUUAACCCUUUCCUCGCCAAUAGUUACAUAAAACUGCGCAACAAAGCUAAUAUAAUCCUAUAUUAAAGAAGUCAUUUAUUUGCUUUUCGCUAAACUUUGUCCCAUUGGGCGAAUAUAAGCGUCAUUGGCGUUGAAAGGGUUAAAGUGCGCUAGGUGAUAUUACUAACCGUUCCAAAUAUCAACGCAAUACGACUCCGUGUGGCGAUCUGUCGCCAUAUUCUUUAAGAUGUACGUCUCCGGAGUUGUGCUGCGUUCUGCCAUUAGAUUAUAAGCAUAGUUCAUAUUGCCUUCAGUAAGCCAUAAGAGUUUCAUUUGCCUCUGAAGAUACGCCUACACAGGCAAGUUGCCUUGUGCGGCAAUUUCCUUGCGAGGCGGGUCAUUCUGUGUGUGAAAUCAAUAUGAUGAAUUCAGCUAACAUUUUAAGAAAAUGAAGCAAGUGUUUUAUUAUGGAGUUUUGAGCCUUCAUGAAAAUGCUUAACACUUAUGGCUAACUGCAUCCGAGUACUGUUGCCACUAUUCCUUCCGUGCACGGUGGUAGUUCUAAGCAUAGCUCUGCGCAGAGCACUAUAUUUUCAUCGAAUACAUUAUAUUGUAAAUAGUUACUUAUAUCCUUGUUAAAUAAUGCUGGUAGUCACAACGAAAUCAAAGACUGCAAGUAUUAUUGGAGAAUUAAAUGUUAAUUGUUUUGUACUCUAUUUUUUACAUAUUUAAUCGCUAAAGUAUUGUUGAUUCCUUUAUUUUUUGACAAUCAUGUUGUAGUUGUAAGGUACCCGGGUGUAUUUACUAAGUGUUGCAAACGAUUAUGUAAAUGAUAUAAUUAUUGUAAAUACGUAUCCGCGGGUAGUAGUGCCUUCGAUGAAACGUCCUUUUGUGAUAAAAUAUUAUUUUCUGUAGAUUGUACAGAUUAUUUCUUUCAAUAUACAAUAAAAAAUA